AUGGGUAUGCUGUUGCUUGUGCUGCUUCUGGGUCUGCUGAUCUUUCACCUAGGACUCUGCGUGUGGGCCAUCUUUAAGCAUUUCCUCACCACAGAUAUUCCCUCUGCCAUGCAACAUCAAGUGAAGAUGAGAGUUCUGCACUGCAUAAUGCUAUAUGUGAUCAGUUUGGGAAACAUACUGGAAAAGAUGAGAAUUUGUUCUUUUCCCAGAUUUGUCCGGUUUACACAAGCCAUAAUAUUCACAAAGAAGAAGGACCCUAAAGUGGUGGUGACCGACCUGCACUUUGGAACAAUCCCUGUGAGGCUGUUCCAGCCCAAGACAGUGUCCUGCAGCCCCCGUCGAGGCAUCAUCUUCUACCAUGGAGGAGGUGGAAUGUUGGGCGGGCUGGAUUGUUACCACAACGUCUGUGCUUUCCUAGCUCGGGAAACGGACUCAGUGCUGCUGUGUGUGGGGUACCGGAAGCUUCCAGACUAUCAUUACCCUAUCGUUACCAGUGACUGUCUGAAUGCCUCUAUCCACUUCCUGAAGAGACUGAACACGUAUGACGUGGACCAUUCCCGGGUUGUGCUCUGUGGGGAUAGUAUUGGAGGAGUGGUUGUAGCCCAAGUCACCCAGGCCUUGGUGGGGCAAGAAGAUCUUGCGCAGAUCCGGGCUCAAGUUAUGAUUUAUCCAAUUAUCCAAGGCAUCAAUUUCCAGUUACCAUCCUCUCAGCAGAAGAAAAGUGUUCCAUUUUUCACCUGGGACUUACUGUUAAUGUUCGUUUGCAGAUAUAUGGCCAUUGACCUUUACUGGCGAGAUGCUAUGCUGAAAGGAACUUUCAUACCCCCAGAAACUUGGAUGAAGUACAAGAAAUGGCUUAGCGCUGACAACAUCCCCGAGAAUUUCAAGAACAAAUAUCAGGAACCCCAGUUUCCCGGGCCUUUUAAUGAGGCUGAGCUGGAAGCUGGCCAAAGUCCACAUACUGUGGAAGCCUCCUGA